UCUCAGUCACUCAUCCCUCCGUCUUGCAACGCUCUCUUCCUUCUAGGAAGGGAUAUCAACCACCGGCCAAGAUGUCAGAUAAAAAGAUGUCGUCGAGUCGCAGGCAACAUCUCAAGAGCUUGAUGCUCCAGAUUGCCCAGGGGUUCAUAGAGGCUGAGGCCAUCCAGGCAGAGGAGGACAAAAACAUCUACAUGGAUGAGAACGUCCCCUCCUUCUCCGUCCCUGAAUCCAUGCAGGAACUCCAGGAUCUGUGUAAGAAGCUCCACCAGCAGAUUGAUGCAGUGGAUGAACAGAGAUAUGACACGCAAAGCAAAGUAGCCAAGUCCGAUAAGGAGAUUGAGGAUCUGAAGAUAAAACUACAAGACCUGAAGGGCAAGUUCAGGAAGCCCGUCCUGAAGAAAGUCCGCAUGUCUGCUGAUGCUAUGCUCCAGGCUCUGCUGGGCUCCAAACACAAGGUGUCCAUGGAUCUGAGGUCCAACCUGAAGCAAGUCAAGAAGGAGGUCAAGGAGGAGGUGAAAGAUGCAGCUGACUGGCGUAAGAACAUAGAGGACAAGGCUGGCAUGGACGGUAGAAAGAAGAUGUUUGAGUCCGACACUGUUUGAGUCCGUAUUUGUGUUCAUAUGUCUCAUCUGAUAACAUCCUCCAUUUUAAUCUACAUUCUCCUCCUGUCAUUCCUAUUUACACGACUCUGUCUAAUAAAAUAAAAUACUUCAAUA